UCUAAACUGGCGCUCUUCGAUAUAUUUCUUUUCUUUCCAUGUGGCAUCGUGUGUAAUAACACUGGAUCGGCGGUCAAAUUUUUUCUUUUAAGAAAAAAUAUCUUUCAAUAAAAUAAGCUAAACAUUAAUAAUGGCUAGUUUGAAAGUUGAUAACCCUGAAAAGCCAGUAGCAGAAACUGCUCCUAUCCACAGAAUCAGAAUAACUCUGACUUCUCGUAAUGUCCGUUCACUUGAGAAAGUUUGCUCUGAAUUGAUUCAGAGAGGAAAGAAACAGAAGCUCAAAGUUAAGGGACCUGUACGUAUGCCUACUAAGAUCCUAAGGAUUACAACACGUAAAACACCUUGCGGUGAAGGUUCCAAAACCUGGGAUCGUUUCCAAAUGCGUAUUCACAAAAGGGUCAUAGAUCUCUACUCACCUUCUGAAAUUGUUAAACAGAUCACAAGUAUCAACAUCGAACCUGGUGUAGAGGUUGAAGUCACUAUUGCGAAUGACUAAAAGAAUUACCAUAAUUUUUACUGCCUCAUUUAUAUGCUAAUAAAAAAAUUUUAAAA